AUGACUGCCACACGACAAAGAAUUCUACUUCAAGGACCAGCUGGAUGUGCUUGGUACUUAGGAGAAAGAGUCGCAAUUCAGAUCUUGUGGAUAAGCAAACCCAAUGUCUCAAAGCUUUCACCAAGGACCAUGCUUUUUGAUUAUGAGCUUAUCGAAAACGACAAUUUAGACAAGGCACUAAAUUGCUCAUCUGCUAAAAAAAUUGUGAAGAUACUGAGCUUCACGAAUACUAAUGAAAGCAAGUUAGUAUGGAUCCCUUGGGGACAAGAAAGCCCUGACCUGCUGUUACCCAAGAAAGUGACGCAUGUAACCGCGGAAGAUGCUACCUACCUACUAGAGCUCAUUGUUGGGUUGAAUGAUUUGGAAACAUUGAAGGGAGCAGAACAUUUCGAUGAGGGAUUUUCAUAUAGAGGUGGUGAUGAUGAUGACGACGAUAAACCGCCUCUACUCUAG